CAGAGAUCUCCAGCCCUCCACGCCACCACUAGAGUGCCUGUGGGACCGGGAUUCUUUGCUGUUGUCGUUGAUCUUCGCCGCCAAAGUGACGGCCACGCGAGAGAAGUGAGCAUCUGAGGGCGUUGUUCCCUCUCUCCCUGGGCACAAGUUCGUCACCAUGGGGCAGUCGAAGUUCAGAGUGCUCAACCUCAUCAAGCCCAUUAUGUGUGUCCUUCCUGAAGUGACCACACCGGAACGAAAGGUGGGUGAGCUGGAGGACAAGGAGAGUGUGCAGAGGGGCGGGAGGAUAUGGCUGGUGGUGUGUUCGCUCUGCUUGCUGUCUGUGUGUGUUUGGGGUGUGUCAGGUGCCUUUGAAGGAGAAGGUGUUGUGGACGGGCAUAUCGCUGCUGAUCUUCCUGGUGUCCUGCCAGAUCCCCCUCUACGGCAUCACCUCACACAAGAGCGCCGACCCCUUCUACUGGGCGCGGGUCAUCCUCGCCAGCAACAGGGGCACCCUGAUGGAGCUCGGCAUCAGCCCCAUCGUCACCAGCGGCAUGGUCAUGCAGCUGCUCGUCGGCAGCAAGAUCAUCGAGGUGGACCACUCGCUCAAGGAGGACAGGGCACUGUUCAGCGGCGCCGAGAAGCUGCUGGGGAUGCUGAUCACCAUUGGCGAGGCCGUGGCGUACGUCGUGAGCGGCAUGUACGGCGACAUCAAGGACCUCGGUGCGGGCAACGCCAUCCUGAUCAUCAUCCAGCUCUUCAUCGCUGGCGUCAUCGUGCUGGUUUUGGACGAGCUGCUGCAGAAGGGCUACGGCCUGUGCAGCGGCAUCUCGCUCUUCAUCGCGACCAACAUCUGUGAGGUCAUUAUAUGGAAGGCCUUCAGCCCCACCACCAUCAACACGGGCAAGGGGCAGGAGUUCGAGGGCGCCGUCAUCGCGCUGUUCCACCUCCUGGCCACCAAGGACAACAAAGUGGCGGCGGUGCGGGAGGCCUUCUACCGCAGCAACCUGCCCAACAUCACCAACCUCCUGGCCACCGUGCUGGUCUUCCUGGUCGUCAUCUACUUCCAGGGCUUCCGCGUGGACCUGGCGAUCAAGCACCAGAGGGAGCGGGGGUCCUAUCGCCCGUACCCCAUCAAGCUCUUCUACACGUCCAACACGCCCAUCAUCCUGCAGACCUCCCUGGUGUCGAACCUCUACUUCUUCUCGCAGCUCCUCUACAAGCGGUUCAAGUCCAACCUGCUCGUCAACCUCCUGGGACAGUGGCAGGACAUGGAGAACGUGGGGCAGUCGAUCCCCGUGGGCGGGCUCGUCUACUACAUCUCGCCGCCGGAGAGCCUCAACAAGGUCAUCGACGACCCCGUCCACGCCUUCAUAUACAUCGCCUUCAUCCUCUUCACCUGCGCCCUUUUCUCAAAGAUGUGGGUCGAGGUCAGCGGCUCCUCCAGCCGCGACGUGGCCAAGCAGCUCAAGGAGCAGCAGAUGGUCAUGAAGGGCUACCGCGACUCGUCGCUGGUGCACGUGCUCGACCGCUACAUCCCCACUGCUGCGGCGUUCGGCGGCAUGUGCAUCGGGAUGCUAUCGGUGCUGGCGGACUUCCUCGGCGCCAUCGGGUCGGGCACGGGCAUCCUCCUGGCCGUGACCAUCAUCUACCAGCUCUACGAGAUCAUUUACAAGGAACAAGAGCAAGGAGCUGCCAUCUUCUAGUGACUGACCAACACAACACAGAGAGGGAGGGGAGGGGGGAGGGGAUUGGGAGGCGGAGAGCAUAUUUCUUCAAUUACAGCCGGGGUGCAGGGUUGCGUGUUGUGAAUGGCUGUGUGGAUGUGGCUGCGGUGCGUGUGACUGCCUGGUUGAUCGCUUUGGCGUGUUGACUGCGUGUAUGCGGUUUCUUGCCCCGUUGGUUGAGUGCGCGAUCGCAGAGAUCCGAUCCGUGGGUGCGUGCGUGACGAGACGACACACACGUGGCCUGCUCAGACAGAGGCAUGCUUGAUCUUCAGAGACAAGCUGCCUGCCUGCCUGCCUGCAUGUCUUCACUCAUGUGUGUAAUUAGCGGCGCGUCGUCUGGUAUGCUAUAUGGCGUGAUGCGAUGCGAUGCGACGUGAUGCGAUGCCCCUCUCUAUGUGGCUGGCGUCAAAUGGACUGGACAGACGGACGGUGAAUGGACGUCUUUUAAUUGCAUGCGGGACUGGCGUAAUUAAUGACUUUUCAAUGCAUGGAUGGAUGGAUGGAUGACAGACGCACCACUCAAUGUCCC